CAUACUAUCACAACAACAUCAUCAUGAAAUACCCUUAAAUUGCUCCAUCAUUUCCACAUUUCAACUCACAAAUUUCUCACAACUCUCUCUCUCUUUCUCUCUCCCUCACACACCUAGCAAGAAAGUGAAGAUAAUUCUAAUCAACAUGGUACAAUCAAAGAAGUUUAGAGGUGUCAGGCAACGCCAUUGGGGAUCUUGGGUCUCUGAAAUUCGUCAUCCAUUAUUGAAAAGGAGGGUGUGGUUAGGAACAUUUGAAACAGCUGAAGAAGCAGCUAAAGCAUAUGAUGAAGCAGCAAUUUUGAUGAGUGGAAGAAAUGCAAAAACUAAUUUUCCAAUUAAUGUGGAAAAUAAAAUCAAUUCUAUUUCAACUUCUUCUUCAACUUCUUCCAAAGCAUUUUCUGCAGUUCUUAAUGCAAAGUUAAGAAAGUGUUGCAAGUUUCCUUCACCUUCACUCACUUGUCUAAGGCUUGAUACAAAGAAUUCACACUUUGGAGUGUGGCAGAAAGGUGCAGGUCCACAUUCUGAAUCAAAUUGGAUUAUGAUGGUUGAGUUGGAAAGGAAAAAAAGUGAUUCUGAUUCAGAAUUUUCAUCAAAGGCAGAGAAAGUAGUAAAGGCAGAGGAAUUAAGUAAAAAUGGUUUGGAUGAAGAACAGAAAAUUGCUUUGCAGAUGAUAGAAGAACUUCUCAAUAGAAACUGAAUUCUAUGCUUUCACUUUCAUGUGUGGUGGGGCUCAUUGAAGGAGUUUAAUUUAAAGUCCCAUGAUGUUGUCUUUUUGUUUGCUUAUUUGUUUUGUCCUAAGUAGGAGUGUGUUAUGACGAUGUUAUUGUGGUUUACUGUUUACAUGUGUAACUGCCUAUACCAAUAGUAUGGCAAAAACUAAAAUGUGCCCUGAGGAUA